CUGAUGAGGAACACCAGCAAAAUGUGGCAGCGGCGGUGGUGGCCAGGCCGCGGCCCCACGCUGAAGAGCGAGGAGAUGGGAUGCCAAGGCGCCGGAGGAACAUGGGAAACCGAAUGAUGGCCCAGAGGAGAGCGCAGCAGGCGGACGACUGGGCAGAAGACGAAGAGGAUGCUGAGGAGGUGCCAGAAUUUCAGGUGUCUGGGAAAAUCGGAGCAAAGAAGCAGAGAAAACUAGAAGAGAAACAAGCCAGAAAAGCACAGAGAGAGGCUGAAGAAGCAGAGCGAGAAGAACGGAAAAAGCUUGAGUCAAAGAGAGAGGAGGAAAGGCGGAAAGAAGAGGAGAGAGCACGUCUCGAGGAAGAACGACAGGAAGAGGAAAAAAGGAAGGCAAAGGAAGAGGAGGAGAAGAGAGAGUAUGAAGAGUACCUGAAGCUGAAGGAGAGUUUUGUAGUUGAAGAGGAAGGGGUUGAAGAAUCAAUGACAGAGGAAGAGUCUCGCAGCUUUCUACUGGAAUUUCUUGAAUACGUCAAGAAAACAAAGGUAAUUCAGCUGGAGGACUUGGCUUCGCAUUUGGGUUUAAGAACACAGGACGCAAUUAACAGGAUCCAGGACCUGAUGGCAGAUGGCACUCUGACAGGUGUGAUUGAUGACAGAGGGAAGUUCAUCUACAUCACUCCGGAGGAGAUGGCUGCCGUGGCUCAGUACAUCAAACAGAGAGGACGCGUCUCCAUCGCGGAGCUGGCCCAAGCCAGCAAUUCCCUCAUCAACCUCCAGCCUGACAGCAGAGCUGUUGCUCCAACUGUGGCGUGA